GAAAAAUACUGUGACGGAAUUAUCGGGAUGAAAGUUCAACGUAGAACACAGUUGAAAUUCGGUGAUAGAUAAAUAUAACCAUUAGUUUGGAGUGUCAGAUGACUACCAGGGAACCUGGAGCGAAUAUAACUCACCACGCUGGAUCUCCCUACCCACGGGUCCACUCGCCAAGUGCAAAAUACAUACCGAUUGAUGAGGCAUAUUUAUUUUGUAAUAAGUUCAACCGCCUGCAUUGCGAUACAAAACCAUAUGUGGCCAGGGACGGCAUCCAUCAGGUGAACCGCGGGUCGCUAAACAAAACAAUCGUCUUGCACCCUUCCUUCGGAAAAGCUGCUCGAGCCUCCCCAACUAUUGUUCCGCCUCCAACAAAGCGAACGGGUACACCUCGAAGUCGCUCGCAACAACCGAGUACCAGUGCGAGACAUUCGAGACCGGAUAAAGUUAUGCUCAACUCAAAGUCACCUGUUUAUUUUGUGGAAGUCAUUCGUUCGCCGGUGCCCGCAGCAUCACCUAGACCUCACAAGAUUCAGCAUAACGGAACCGAAGUUGUUUUCAGCAGCCGCUCGCCAGACUCACUUUCUUCCAAAUCUCCAGUCACCUAUCUGACACUCAACCACCGUCCCGCCGAACGUCAACCGACUAUAAUAUCGGCUUCGAAGGAAUACCCUCCAGUAUUGCCACAGCGAAAAAAUACACCGUUGAGAAUAUCUGACAGGGCAAGCGUGGAUGGCGGGGACAACAGGAUUCAAGUUAUCCCCAGACCGGUAUUUAAUCGUGGGAUAUACACCACAACCGUAAACAAACGUGUGGAAGGUGGUGGGCGAUCAAAUGGAACUCAACUCACCAAAACAAGCUCAACGGACACAUAUGAAACCCAGCUAACACCAAUAGCCAUUUCCAGUUUGGACACAAGCAGCACACAGUCGCCUGUCAAUCACCAAGCGCCCACAAAUGACUACGUUUACGAUGAUGCGUUUUUGGAUCCUUCGCCGAACACACGGCCAUCACCAAAAAACGGAUUUUCCAGGCUAAAGCAAGCCAAUUCUUGCGAUUUGGACAGUAUAGGGAUGCUAGAUACAGUUAUUCGGAAGGGUCUGGUAACAAUCGGUGGACUUAUUGCUGGGCAACGUUUCGCUUUUGACACAAAUGCUUCGUCAGGCCAAGUGCGAUCGCCUACCCUUCGCGAAAUGUCCAAGCAGUACAGAAACGGUGAAACGACAAUUACACGAACCCACUCGGAACUAGCACCUUUAAGCUCAAGACUGCAAUGGACAACAGAGAUGAAACGUUCAAAAACAGAUGUACCCAUUUCUAGACCAAGGUAUCUCAACCACUACAGUAAGACAAUGCCGUCCUAUCGCUCGUUCAGUCAACUUGGAAUGACAUGCAAGACAAAUGGGUCUGAGCAUCCUCAUCAGCGUUUACUAACCUUUGAAACGAUUCCAUCCCGAUCGGUGAGCAGAUCAGCCUUGGAUCAUUACGAAGUUUUGACACCACGAGGUGACAGUAUUACAACCAACCUGCUUGCCCUUCGUGGUCAUUCGUCUCAACUCACGCUUGGAACUACUCCUCCCCCAAAUCCCCAGGGAUUUGGACACACUGUCCAGCGUAAAAUCCGAUCUCCGCCCUAUGUUAAAGAAUCUGUGAACAAGACUGAAGUGCUUUAUGAGACAGCUGCUUCUGUUCAGGCAGAUAGGAAUAAACUCAUCGAAUCACACUAUCAGAAUGAUAAGCCAAAUGUAAUGAUCACAAGCCAAUCCUACCAACAGCUCACCGGAGAGCAGUUUAGGGGUGCUCUUGCCCAAGUCGUUGACCCCUAUGAUCCCAGAACAGACCUGGAAGAACUCGGUCCGAUUGGUGAAGGAAGCACUGGUGUCGUGUGCUUGAUGCGAUACCGAUCUACCAAUCACUAUAUUGCAGUGAAAAAGAUGAAUAUAUUCAAGCAACAACGGAGAGAACUAUUAUUUAACGAGGUUAUGAUCAUGCGUCACUAUCAACAUCCGAACAUCGUUGAGAUGUACUCAAGCCACCUGAUUGGCAAUGAGUUGUGGGUUGUAAUGGAAUAUCUGGAGGGCGGUGCAUUAACGAAUAUCGUGGCACGUACACUUAUGUCAGAACAACAAAUCGCCACUGUCUGCCGAUCAGUGCUCAGAGCGCUGGCUUUCCUGCACGACCAUGGCAUCAUUCAUCGUGACGUUAAAUCCGAUUCAAUCUUACUGUCUAGCAAGGGGCAAGUGAAACUAUCCGACUUUGGCUUCUGUGCACAACUGACCGAGCAAGUGUUGCGGAGGAGAAGUCUGGUCGGAACCCCUUACUGGAUGUCCCCUGAAGUUAUAAGCCGAAAACCAUAUGGAACUUCGGUUGAUGUGUGGUCCAUGGGAGUGCUUCUUAUUGAGAUGGUUGAUGGCGAACCGUCAUAUUUCAAUGAGCCUCCGAUUAGAGUGAUGCGAAGAAUCCAGACGGAUGCAGUACCUCAUCUGGCCAAUCCCCACAAAUCUUCCAGACUAUUAAACCAAUUCCUUCAACGGAUGCUGAACCGUGACCCAGCAGCACGCGCCACAGCCAAUNCUGAACCGUGCCCAGCAGCACGCGCCACAGCCAAUCAGUUGCUUCGAGAUCCCUUCCUACAACUCUCUGGUACUUCUGAAUGCCUUCUUCCACUACUGAGGCACACUCGACGUCGGUAAUGAAUAUCCUCAAAAAGGCACUUAUUCUGGGAACUAUCUUGUUUAUGCCCAAAGAGAAACAACCCCUACUAUCAAAAAAUCGCCAUAGUCUCUUCGACGCAAUUUAGCAAUAUUUUUUAAACUGACUAUUGUUACAUACCCGCGCCAAAACUUGGCAUUUUGUUUUCCUUGCUGUACAAUAUUUCUUUAUUUGUACAUUUAAAUUUGAUACGACCUAGAGUCCCGAGCAGGAUGCGAUAAUCACAGACUUCCCCCUUCCAAGUUCGCAUACGACUGUUUUUUGUUGAAUGUCAUUAUAGUGCUACCCACCAUGUGGAAAACAAUUAUGGAGAACUGCCGCCUCUUCUCGUGAAAUGACUCUGGAUUUCAAAACAGGUGGAACAAUCUUUGAAUGACCGGGUCCAGUACUGUGAAAUAAAU